AUGGCCAAGAUGCAGGAGAAGGCCGAGAGCACGGCGCCCGUCCAGCGCAAAGCCCGUGCCAUUCACCCCCCGACCGAAGCCUCAGCCGCCUCAUCACCAUGGCCGCAUGCGACGCCUCGACUCUCCAUAGAUGACGGCUUCAAGCGCAGGUUCAAGAGUUAUCGCCUGCGCGGCGAGCACGAGAAGCCCUGGCUCGAGGACCCUGCCAUGGCCAAGAAGAUUCGAUGGAACAACCUCAUCGUCUGGACCUGGAUCGGAUUGGGAUUCAUCGGCGCCGCCAUCAUUGCCUUUUUCCAGAUUCGUCCAUAUCAGAACUUGCCGUACUGUCUUGUGUACGAAGACCACUUCGACAGGCUUGAUUCUGAUAUCUGGACCCACGAGGUCCAGCUUGACGGUUUCGGAACCGGCUCCUUCGACUGGGCCACAGCUGAUCCCAAAAACUCGUAUAUUGACGCUCAGGGCCUGCACAUUGUGCCCACGCUUACGAAUCAGACAACAUCCAUCACCAACGACCAGCUCUACGCCAACCACACUCUCGAUCUGCUCCAGGACGGUAGCUGCACGAGCACGCGCAAUACUUCAUGCAUAGUACACUCUGAUCCCCAAAAGGGAACCAUGAUCCCACCCGUGAGGUCCGCGCGCCUCACGACCAGAGGCAAGAGGAGCAUCCGGUACGGCAAGGUCGAGGUCGUGGCCAAGCUGCCCAAAGGCAACUGGCUCUGGCCCGCCAUUUGGAUGAUGCCCGAGGACUCUGUCUACGGCCCCUGGCCUCGCAGCGGCGAGAUCGAUAUCAUGGAGGCCCGUGGCAACACUCACGACUACGCUGAAGGCGGCCGAAAUCUGUACUACGGAACACUUCACUGGGGUCCCACCACCGAAACUAACUCGUACUGGAGAACGACGCACGCCAAGAAGAUACGGCGCGGCGACUACGCGUCCGACUUCCACACCUUUGGCGUGCAGUGGACGCCUCGGUAUAUUUACUUCUACAUAGACUCGCGCAUCCACCAGAUCCUCUUCGUCGGCUUCCAACAGGACAAGCCGCUGUACGACGUAGGCCGCUUCGCCCAGAUGGCCGAAAACAAGACUCUCCUCGCCAACCCCUGGGCUGUGAGCAACUCUACCACCGGCAACGCACCCUUUGACCAGAGGUUCUAUCUCAUUCUUAGCGUCGCCGUCGGUUCGCGCAAUGGUUGGUUCUUAGACUAUGUUGGGGGCAAACCGUGGAUCGACGCUGCCACGAACGCCCAGUGGACGUUUUGGAACGCUUCCAAUGACUGGUUGCCCACCUGGGGUGAGGGUGAUACCCGCGGCAUGACGGUCCGCUCAGUGCGCAUGUGGCAGCAGGGCGAAUGCGGCCAGCCAGUGGUGUCCUAG